AUGGAUGGUUAUGCGACUCAAUAUAUUGCGCAUAAUUUACCAUUGCUCGUAGUCUCCGGUUUGGGAGCUGAUCCAUCGCCGACCAAUGCCAGAUUGAAGGAAGGAGGGGUGCUAAUCACCUCUGAUAUUGCCCCGUUGGAAUCAGAGGAUGCGAAUUUCAUUCUACAGUAUUUCAAAAAGAGUGACGCGGGAAAUCUACCAUGGAACGCAAACGAGCAUAGUGAGAAGAAGAAGUUCAGGGUGAAGGUUAUUGGACGGGAUUAUAUAUUACCAAGUCGCAAAGCUCCACCUCCAACGAAUACUUCGCAUUCCCCCGAUUCUGGGGGCUCUGUCCCUAAUUCUAGACUUAUUUUGCACUCUCCAUUAUCUCCACUGACCCCAGGAUCAACGAUCUUCCCAGAUGGAUUGUUGGAUACAAAGUGGUUAGACAAAUACCAAGAUCUCGUACCAAGCGCAUAUCUUUCAUUCUACAGCUUUACAUCUGAUCCGAACUUGGCAACUUUACACGAUAAUCAGUUGAAAACGGAUAUCAACAAUAUAAAAAAUAUACUGAACAAAUCGGGUUACAAAACUCGGCUUAUAGUUGCAUUAUUGAGCGAGACACCCGGCGUGCCACUGCCUGAUGUAGAAGAGCGUCUUUCUAAUAUUCGUAAAGCAACUGGUCUUGAUUCGAAAACUUCCUUGUUUUUCUUACCUCCACAAAGCUCCUCUGUUGAAAUUGAAGCAUUUGUCGAUACGAUCUAUUUUACUAUAUACCCACUUUGUGUUGAAUAUUAUCGUGACUUGAGCAAGCACUCAAGAAGGAAGCGCAAUAGAGGUGUGGUUCCACCUCCAACAGCUCCACCCACGUCAGGAACUUCACAAACAUUAACUGGACAAGGAUGGAAUGUGAGAUAUGACUUUAAGCUUGGAGUCUUUGCCGAGUUCAGGCAGGAAAUGGAUGUAGCUGUUCGUUCAUAUGAAAGUGGCUACGAAGCAUUGUUGGGCGAAGAGGUCCUUGAAACCAUUGCUACAUGGAGUCCUCGAUUCAACGAAGGGCGUCUCAUCGCCGAUGUAUUUGCAAUCAGAAUCCUGCGUUGUCUACUGUGGAAUGGACAUUCAUCAACUGCAGUCCGCAGAUGGCAAAUACAUCGGGACAGGAUACGUGACUUUGUGGAUCGUAGAGGCAAAGGUUCAUCAACAUAUGGCUGGCAAGCAUGGGAAGCUCGUUGGGCAACUAUCAUGGCUGAGAUGAUUGAGAAAGUUAACUUCGCGGAUUUUACCCAAUCUAAGUCGACCAUAUAUUUACCACUUGACAAAACUACCUCAAGUGGGGUGCAGCCAUGGGAGAACCUCCACCAUCCAGGUUAUUGGUAUCGCGAGGCUUCGAAACAUUUAAUGGCUCGUCGAGCUCUUGCUUUAGCAAUACCAGAGGAAGAUAGAUCUCCACCUGGAUCAUCCCCCGCUUCACAAAUUGCGAGCAGAGUUUAUACUUAUGAUACAUAUCUUUGCCCUCAACCUCAUGAGGAGAAUCCUUUACCAGGUCGGACAGGCGUUGAUCAUGCAAGUCUUAUAAUUGACGUCCUGAACAAAGCUAUUACUGAAUUUCAGGCGAGAGGACAACACCGCCUAGUGCAGGAGCUCCUAUUUCAAUGCGGAAAAGAACAUAUGAAAAGGGAAGCAUGGGAUGACGCGUUACGAAUUCUUCGUGCCCUGUGGCAGAAAAUGACGUACAGGAAUGAGGGGUGGUGGAUUGUAGUUGAGGAGAUUGCAUGGACUUUGAGAAAGGCUGCUGCUAAGGUCGGCGAUGGAGGCACAGUUGUUGCUGUGGAUUGGGAACUUCUACAUACCUGCUUUGCUCGUCAAUCGAAUUGGCAUUACAAUAUCGAAAAGUCUUUAGACGGCCUAAACACAGUCAAGGUGAAGCCCGCCAUUGUACUUCAUGCCGAGGAAGUUCAAUCCUUCUUGACUGCAUCAUAUGCUUUCGAGAAGUCCGAAGGAAAGGUGGGUGAGCAUUCAUUGUCUCAACUAGCAAUCAGGUCUUCAGCUUUGGCUUCAUCGACGCCUGUAACCAUUAGCGAAAUACGCGUAGAGUUUACAGGUAGUAUGAAACCCAUUCUUCUACGGCAUAAAGUCAACACUGAAUAUUCCGAGACUCUGAAAGCUGGCGUCUUGUUUAAGAAGACUUCCUUGAUUGACGAAUCAACUGUGGAAAAAGGUCAUGAUCCCGAAGAUCCACCUACUCGACACACGUUGACAAGCUAUGAGGAUCUUACUUUCAGUCCUGGUCAGGUUAAAGCCUUCGAAUUUGUAAAUCUACUGCGAGAAGCAGGUGAUGCAAAGGCUUUGAAGGUCAUCUUUUCGAUUGCCUCUGAGCUUUUCGAUUUUGAUUAUGUCCAUUCAUUUGACAGGCCAUCAUUUCCUGAAAUGUGGUAUGGUGAUAGUGGAACAAAGAAGAAUAUUGUUCGUACCAGGCCAUCAUCCAUUCACGUACUUCCCAAACCACCUAAGCUGGAGUUACGUAUCCUCGAAUUCCAGGAGCAGUAUUAUACAAAUGAACUUGUCUCUUUACAUCUCGAAGUGAAAAAUGGAGAGGAAACCGAUUCUGUUGUAGACCUAGAAGCCCGUCUUCUUGGAGAAAACAUUCCAUCCAAUAUUGUCCUACGACGCCUCGAUAAAACGGAUUCACCAAGCGAUACUGAAUCUGAAGAAGAUGAUCAUGAGAUAUCACUAGGUACUAUUGCUAGUGGCUCUUCUAUCACAGUGGAAAUGGUCAUCUCAUCGAUAGAUCUACCGGCAGUUUAUGAUCUUAGUCUCAAAGCUUCAUACAACCUCGUAACAGAUCUGGAGACACCUAUCUCACAAACGAUGUCAGCACAACUUUCAAUCUUGAACCCCUUUGAGGCUAACUAUGAUUUCUCUCCUCGAAUUCAUCCAGACUCCUGGCCGAGUUUCUUUACCCAUGAGGAAUCAUUGGAAAUCAAUCAAGAUGGACAAGAUAAUGAUCGUGAAGCGUUUGGAUUGGCACAAAAAUGGUGUCUAACGACUCGCUUUGCUUCAUUCGCAACAGAAGACGUAAUUGUCGAAGAUGUUGAUGUCGAAAUCCUCGGUUUACAAGGUGCCAUCAAAUGCUCCACAAAGAGACUAACCACAAUACCCGAAGGCGGCAUAAGAAUUAGUCCGAACGAACUCGAAGAAGCUCAAUUCGACACUUUCACGCAAAAAUACUCAUUGGACGACCGAGGCACAGCCACUCUUGACUUAUCUCUCGUCAUAAAAUGGCGGAGAAAUAAAGAUGGAUCCACUAUAAAUACAUGUAUCGUACCUGUGCCGAGACUGCUCGUCUCAAGUAGCGAACCAAGAGUUCUAGCUGCAGUAACCUACUCUUCGACUAUCCCAUCUAUGAUACACUUCGACGUCACGAUCGAAAAUCCUUCACAUCAUUUCCUCUCAUUCGCAAUUACAAUGGAUCCUAGUGAACAAUUUGCAUUUUCAGGAGUCAAACAGAGCACGCUUCAAUUAGUGCCGCUCUCGAGAAGAACGGUAAAAUUUAGAUUAUUGCCGACAGUUAGAGGGGAAUGGAUUGGUCCUAUUAGGUGUGUGAUUAGAGACAGGUAUUUCCAGAAGGUGUUGAAAAUUGCGCCGACGGAGGGAAUGAAGAGUGAUAAGGAGGGAUUGCUUAUUUGGGUGCCGAGUGAUGAGGAGUUUUGA